AUGUUUGUGCUCCAUCUUCCUAUAGCUGCAGAGAUAGAGAGAUGGGGGGAGACACAGACAAAGGUACAGUAUGUGUUAACAGGAGGUACUGGUUUCUUAGCGUCCUGGCUGGUCAUGAGACUUCUUGAGCAUGGAUACUCUGUUCACACCACUAUCAGACCCGACCCAGAACAUAAAAGGGAUGUUAGCUUCUUGACAAGUUUACCAGGAGCAUCAAAGAAACUUCAAAUAUUCGAAGCUGAUCUCAGUGAUCCAGACAGUUUCGAAGCAGCCAUUAAAGGAUGUAUCGGUGUGUUUCUAGCAGCUACGCCUGUUGAUAUUGAAAACAAAGAACCUGAAAAAGUAAUUGUCAAAAGAGCACUUGAUGGUGCAUUAGGCAUCUUGAAGACAUGCUUGAAUUCCAAGACAGUGAAGCGAGUUGUGUAUACUUCAAGUGCAUCUGCAGUUGUGUUUAAUGAUAAGGUUGCGCAUGCAAUGGAUGAGAGCUUUUGGAAUGACACAAAUUAUAUUAAAUCCCUUAUGUCCCCUUUUGCUUCUUACUUGAUCUCCAAGAUAUUGACAGAGAAGAAAGCUCUUGAUUUUGCACAAGAACAUGGAUUAGACCUGGUGACAGUAGUUCCUUCUUUUAUUGUUGGUCCCUUUAAUUGCCCCAAAUUUCCUGGCUCAGUGCACACAUCAUUUGCUAUGAUACUGGGCGAGAAGGAACAAUAUAGUGCUCUGCUCAACAUGUCAAUGGUGCACACCGAUGAUGUGGCUAGAGCACAUAUCUUUCUCCUUGAAAAUCCUGAUGCCAAAGGGAGGUAUAUCUGUUCUUCAAACACCAUGACCAUUGAAGAGCUGUCUAAAUUUCUAUCCCACAAAUACCCGGAGUACCCAAUACCUACAAUAGAUGCUUUACAGGACAUUAAAGGCCAUAAAUCAGCUAGAUUGUCGUCUCAGAAAUUACUGAAAUUGGGUUUCAAAUUCAAGCAUGGGCCAGAUGAGAUGUUUGAUGAUGCUAUUCAAACCUGCAGAGAAAAGGGCCAUCUUUAGUUCAGAAUAAGUUGGUUGUGAUCAUUUUGUAAAAGCUAGAUUAAAUAGGGGACUGGACUUGUGUUUCUCAGUUCUUUAUUGAUUAAGUUUAAGAGGACAAUUUAGUGAAAAUGUCUUCAUAAUUGUGUUUCCACCAAGUCAUUUCUUAAUUUUAUUUAGACAUUUUAUUCUUGUGGUUUUUUUUUUUUUUUUUUUAAAUAUAGCAGCCAGCAUCGGUGUGUUUCAUGUAGUAACACCUGUUGAUUCCGAAAACAAAAGAACCUGAAGAAGCAAUCAUCAGGAAACACUUGAUGGAACAUUAGGCAUUUAAUUUUUGAAAUCAUGCUUGAUCUCGAAACAGUAAAUGAUAUAGAGAAUAAAUCUU